UGCUCCCACGUAUCUCACCUUCUCCUCCCUACAGUCUUACCACUAUUCCAGCUAUUCGCAUUUUAUUCCAACUAUAUUCCCACUAUUCCUACUCUAUUCCCACCACUUUCUAACUAGCUCAGCAUGGCUGUCUCCGGCUUCGAGGGCUUUGAGAAGCGCCUAGAGCUUCACUUCUCUGGCGACAACCCCCUCGGCCUCCGAUACCUAGCGAUCGACGAUCUCCAGCAAGUGCUCGACGCCGUGCAGUGCAGCAUCGUCUCCGCCGCCGGUAACCAUUCUUUCGAUGCCUACGUGCUAUCUGAGUCCAGCCUCUUCCUCUACCCGGACAAGAUCAUCCUCAAGACCUGCGGCACAACCCAGCUCCUCCGCUCCAUCCCCUCCCUCCUUCACCAUGCCGCCGACCUCGGCCUCCGCCUCCGCUCCUGCCGCUACUCCCGCGGCAGCUUCAUCUUCCCCGCCGCCCAGCCUUCCCCCCACACCAGCUUCUCCGACGAGGUCUGCUUCCUCGACGCCCACCUCCCCGCCGCCCUUCGCUUCAGAAAAGCCUCGGUGAUGCCUUCCGCCACUUCGCCGCAUUCUUGGCACGUCUACUCCGCUGCCGACGACGAGUUUUCGGUGCUGCCACCGAGUGGUUCUACGAUAGAAGUGUGCAUGACGGAAUUGGACCGCUCGCUGGCACGGCGCUUUUAUCGGCGGAAGGGCGACGACCGCUCGGGCGACGAAGCGGGGGCGGAGAUGACUGAGUUGACUGGGAUCGGCGGCAUCAACCCGCUGGCGCUCGUCUGCGGCUUCGCCUUCGACCCAUGCGGUUACUCGAUGAAUGGCCUUGACUGCGAUCGCUACUCGACCAUCCAUGUCACGCCGGAGGACGGCCACAGCUACGCCAGCUUCGAAUGUGUCGGUGGAGGGGAGAUGAUGGAUUGUUUAAGGAAGGUGGUGCACGUUUUCCGGCCAGGUGUGGUGUCGGUGUCGGUCUGCACGGCCGGCGGCGGCGACGAGGGCCCAGUGUGGUCGGCGGUGGCGAAUGCGUUGGAACCGCUCGGGCUGAGCUGCAGGCACCGGACGGCCGAGGAUUUUCCGGGGGCCGGGACAGUCACGUACCAGACGUUUACGGCUGGCCGGAAGUAAUCGGGGAAGCGGUCAAACACAUGGUUAUUGAGAAAAUGUUGCUGUUUGCUAGCCCUAGAGGAAACAAAAGGGAGAGGAGCGAACGGGGAGAGUGCUUGCUCCUGGUUCGUUGGAAGAAUUUUUGUUCCUUAAAAUAUUUUUUUGGAAAGCUGAUAUUUAAAUAUACGGCGUCUAAAAAAAUAGAUUUUGAAUGUUUGGUUGACGAUAAAAAAGUUGCACGUCCUAAGAUAGCUUAUAUUUAGUUGAGCAUCUAUUUUUUUUUUAUAAGUUGUGUAAAACAUAUGUUAUACUUUUAAUUAAGAAAAAAAUUUAUUCUAUUUUAUCUAAAAGCCUAAAGAAAUUUUUGAAAUUUUUUUUUUCAAUUUUUAGUUGAUAAAAAUUAUUUUUUUAUUCUAUAUCAAUUUUUUUUACGAAACAUAAAAAUCUUAUUUUCCUAAAAAAACUACUUUCUAAACUUUCUUCUUUGAAAACUCUAACUAAAGACAAGGUAUUUCUCUAUUCUUGUUACCCUACUUUCUUUCUCCUCUUUCUACAAACCAAAUAAAUCUUUAGACGGUUGAUUUUUUUUUUUUUUU